UCAAGCGGGACCAAACGGCAACGCUUACUUCCGCCCAAUCCACCGCUUCGUCCCACCGCCAAACGCAACACGCGUCGGUAACUCGUCCCAUCUCGUGCCGGGGCCUCCACAGCCAAUCUUUCCUCACGCUUCGCGACGAAAUAAACCCUCGUUUACGGCCAAGCGAUGGUUCGGCUCCCGCUUUGCGUAGUCCACGGAUCAGCAGAUCCACGUCCAACACGGGACGCCUCAACCACCCAUAAUGUAGCCUCAUCGCCCACGCGUCGACAGAUCAUCCCGGCUUCUUCGAGCGGCCCGUGGCAGGGCCAUCACAGCCGAUCCUCUCUAACGUGCGAGUCACGAAGCUUCAUUCCGGUCACCUCCGACGCGGUCAUGUUUGUCUACUUCCAAUGGUCAGAAUCCAUCCCUCUCCCUAUCCGUCCGAUCCACAUCGUACGACCGGAUGUCGUGAACCGGAUGGGUCCCGAGGAUCCCUCCCCCACUCCCCGACGGCCGGCGUUUUCCCCGUGGCCUGGUGAAGUCCGUGGCGAUCGGUUCGUCCGGUGCAGCAACGCAGCAGCGGGAGGGAGAUGGAAGGAGGACGAACACCACACCAUAAAUCUCUGCUUUCUCCCUUCUUAAAGCUUUCAUUUAGUCUCUGCAAUCAACAGUAGCGAAUCGAAGUUGACGUUAAAGUUUCUGUUUUCCUUCUUUCUCUUCUUCUCUCCGUCGUCUUGCUCAGGUCGCUCAGGUCAUCGAGCCAGCGGCCAUGUCUGGUGGAGACUCAGACGCUUCUACGGUGACCAGAGGACCCGUACGAGCUCCGCUGUGGAGUGGCCAUGGCUCUGUGCUCGCUCCUCGCUAAUGUUUCCGAAUCCAGGUUACUUCUUCCUCUAAGGAUAAGUUGCAUUCAAGAAUGCUUCAUUUCUUCGUCGUCAUCCGUAGUGGCGCCAGCACACUCGUGGGGAGGAACCAUUGAGAUCACCGAUGCCGGUGGCGGGCCUCGGGAGCAGAGGAGGGGCUUGAAGAGAGUCUACGACAGGAGUUCGCUCCACCACCGCCGAGCCAAGCGGACGAGGACCGGCGGCGUUGCAGGAUUAGUCGACGCCGAGAGCGAAGGGCCUCCGUUGGUGGAAGUUUCAACAUGCUCGAGCUCUUCUCUUUUACGAUCUGUUAAUGGUCCUCGGAACGAGUGGACCACAUGAGGUGCCGAUUCGAAUGACACUUCUCCGUCCGAUUCGAGUUCAUCGUCGGGUGCAUGCAAUUCCUUUGGCAAUGUGACGUCCAAUGAGCCUCGUGCUCGUUCUGCUCCCGGUGUUGCUGAGGUAGGAGGUGAAGAAGGAGAGGGUGGCGAGACGGAGCUGCAGGGCCAUGAACUCGUGAGCUUGCUCACGUCCUGCGCCGACUCCAUCAGCUCCGGAAACUACGAAGCCAUCAACUAUUUCUUAGGUAGACUGGGAGACAUGGCCACUCCGAUGGGCACCCCUGUUCAUCGCUUGGUCGCCUACUUCACCGAGUCCUUGGCGCUCCGGGUCGCAAGGCUCUAUCCUCACAUCUUCACCAUCAAUGCUCCUCCGAGGCGCCUCAUCGACGCCAGUGAGGAAGACGACGCCACAGCGCUGCGGCUCCUCGAUCUCAUCAGCCCCAUCCCCAAAUUCCUCCACUUCACGCUGAAUGAGAUGCUGCUGAAGGCAUUCGAAGGUAGGGACAGAGUGCACGUCAUAGACUUGGACAUCAAGCAAGGUCUCCAGUGGCCGAGCUUACUCCAGAGCUUAGCUUCCAGGCCUCGUCCUCCCAGCCACGUGCGGAUCACCGGCGUCGGCGAGUCCAGACCCGACCUCCACGCCACCGGAGUCAGGCUCGCCAGGAUCGCAGAGUCGUUGCACCUCCCAUUCGAGUUCCACCCGGUGGUGGACAGGUUCGAGGAUCUCAGGCUCUGGAUGCUUCAUGUGAAGAGGGAGGAGUGCGUGGCCGUGAGCUGCAGCCUAAUGAUGCACAGGGCGCUGCACGAUGAGAGCGGAAAGGCUUUCAUGGAUUUGCUGGGUCUGAUAAGGAGCACGAACCCAGCGACUGUGGUAAUGGCGGAACAGGAAGCAGAGCACAACGAACCAGACUGGGGGAGGAGGUUAGCGAGAUCACUCAACCACUACGCAGCCAUCUUCGAUUCUUUGGAUGAUGCUCUCCCUCAGGACAGCCAUGCCAGGAUCAAGGUGGAGGAGUUGUUCGCCAAGGAGAUCAGAAACAUAGUUGCUUGUGAAGGAGACGAGAGGAUCGAAAGGCACGAGAGUUUCCAGGGGUGGAGGAGGAGGAUGACGCAGGAAGGUGGGUUUACAUGCUUAGGCAUCGGAGAAAGGGAGAUGCUUCAGAGUCGUAUGAUACUGAGGAUGUAUUCCUGCGACAAGUACAGCAUAGAUGUGGAAGGGGAAGGCCAUGGACUCACUCUCAAGUGGUUGGAUCAGCCUCUGUACACAGUCUCUGCAUGGGUUCCUGUGGAUGUUGCCGGCAGCUCCUCUGCACAUCUCAGCCAAAUCUGAUGGUCUCUGCAUCAUUUCUCUUACAGAUUCUUUUAUACUCUUACACAGACAUCAA